AUGUCUUCUCACAAGACUUUCAGGAUUAAGCAAUUCCUGGCCAAGAAACAAAAGCAGAAUUGUCCCAUUCCCCAGUGGAUUCAGAUGAAAAUUGGUAAUAAAAUCAGAUACAACUCCAAGAGGCGGCACUGGAGAAGAACGAAACUGGGUCUAUAA